AUGGGUGAUAUCUCUCAGUCCAUGGAGAAUGUUUCCUUAGGGAGCAACAUGAUGGAUAUCGAUACAAGCUACAGAUCACCCAACAACAAGUCAUUUGCCAAUGUGACUACCAAUCACCAGUCAAAUUUAAAUAAGGAGAAUAUUACCCCCUUGAACUCUCCAACAAAGUCAGUCUUGCAUAAUUCCCCCACUACGCCAUAUGGAGGUGGUGCAGCAGGAGGUGGAGGAGGAGGAGGUGGAGCAACUCAUACCAAGUCGAGAUUCAACAUUACUCCACUUACACCUACCCAUUUCGUCCAACAUGACGCCUCCUCGCAAACCAAUAGGCUCACUCUACAGGAUAACAUUAAUCAGCUACAGCCACCAGCUCAUCAGAGAUACAAGUUAUCCGAGGAAGAAUUCAAGAAAAAGGCCAAUAACCCCAAGACCAAGAGAUUGACGUCGGUGGCACAGUUGUAUUUUCUUGAUUACUACUGCGACAUGUUUGACUAUGUCAUCAGCAGAAGAGAACGAACCCAAUUGGUUGAGAAAAAGCUCAUUGGCGACCCGCGGUUCAACCAGGACCCACAACGGUUCCAGUUGGAGUGGAAAAACUACCUCGGUAGAGAAAGAGCCUUGUUGCGCAAGAGAAGAUUAAAGCCAAAGCACAAGGAUUUCGAAAUGAUUACCCAAGUGGGCCAAGGUGGUUAUGGACAAGUGUUUUUGGCACGUAAGAAGGAUACCAGAGAAAUCUGCGCUUUAAAAGUCUUGAAUAAGAAAUUGCUCAUGAAGUUGGAUGAGACUAGACACGUGUUGACUGAGCGGGAUAUCUUAACCAACACCAGAAGCGAGUGGUUGGUGAAGCUCUUGUACGCUUUCCAAGACCCGGAAAAGGUGUUUUUAGCCAUGGAGUUUGUCCCCGGUGGCGAUUUUAGAACAUUGUUGAACAAUACUGGUUAUUUAAUUCCGCCACAUGCGAGGUUUUACAUAAGCGAGAUGUUUGCCGCCGUCAAUUCGCUUCACGAAUUGGGAUUCACGCAUCGUGAUUUGAAACCCGAGAAUUUCCUUAUUGACUCCAAGGGUCAUAUCAAGUUGACUGAUUUCGGAUUAGCCGCAGGGACAGUCUCCAAUGACCGGAUCGAGUCGAUGCGAUUAAAAUUGAAAAAUUUGGAAGGUGGCGAUGACCAAUAUCAAAUCCCAUCUAGAAUGAUGCUUGAAAGACAAAAGAUUUUCAAGCAAAGUCAAGGGCACCACAAUUUGGCCAAUUCAAUCGUUGGCUCGCCCGAUUACAUGGCGUUGGAAGUGUUGGAAGGCAAGAGCUACGACUAUACUAUUGACUAUUGGUCAUUAGGGUGUAUGCUAUUUGAAGCUCUUUGCGGCUACCCUCCAUUUUCCGGCUCGAAGCAAGAUGAAACGUAUCAUAAUCUAAAGCAUUGGAAGACGGCAUUGAGAAGACCCCAAACUAAGGAUGGCAGGUACGUGUUCAGUGACCGGACAUGGGCACUAAUUAUUAAACUUAUCGCAUCGCCAUCUACCCGGUUGAGAACUUUUAAACAAGUGCAGCAAAUGACCUAUUUUGCUGACGUGUCAGACUGGGAGAAUUUAAGGAAACGCUCGCCUCCAUUCACGCCGCAGUUGGACAAUGAAGAGGAUGCAGGAUAUUUCGACGAUUUCGAAGAUGAAGAGAUGAUGGCGAAAUACAAGGAUGUGUUUGCGCGACAGGAGCAAAAUGAACAAUUGUUGGAGAGAAGCGGCAGCGCCAAUGGCGCUAGAAAGAGACUCUUGGAAAAUAACUUUAUUGGAUUCACAUUCAAGCACAAGUCGAAUCCAAAUAAUAAGUUUGGCAACGGCGAGAUCAAUUUGUUGAAUAACAAGGCUAGCCAUGGCGGAUUGAGCUCCGCAAGAUUGGAUCCAUUAGCGACAUUAUAUUGA